GCAACCCUUAAGGCUCUCUCCGGUGCGGACGCGAAUCCGGUUUCGUCCCGGAUGCGGAGCGCUACCCGGCUGGGAGUUUUUUAAGCUCUCAGGAUGCCCCGUCCGGGACGCAACACCUACAGCGACCAGAAGCCGCCUUAUUCCUACAUCUCUUUGACGGCGAUGGCGAUCCAGAGCUGCCCAGAGAAGAUGCUCCCUCUGAGCGAGAUCUACAAGUUCAUCAUGGAGCGCUUCCCUUACUACCGGGAGAACACGCAGCGCUGGCAGAACUCCCUCCGCCACAACCUCUCCUUCAACGACUGCUUCAUCAAGAUCCCCCGGAGGCCCGACCAGCCGGGAAAAGGAAGCUUCUGGGCCCUGCAUCCCAGCUGCGGAGACAUGUUCGAGAACGGAAGCUUCCUCCGCAGAAGGAAGCGCUUCAAGGUCCUCAAGGCUGACCCCUUGACCGCUUCCGGGAAGCCCUCCGAAGCCGUGGCCGCAGCUGCAGCUGCUGCAGCCACUGCCCAGUACUUGCAGCAGCAGGCCAAACUCCGUCUGAGUGCCUUGGCAGCAGCUGCAUCUUCAUCCUCCUCGUCCUCUGGGGCAGCCCCCCACUUGGGUCCAUCCAUGGGGGGCCCCUAUGCCUUGGCCUCCCCGCCUUCCAGCUUCAAGCACCCCUUUGCCAUCGAGAACAUCAUCGCCCGAGAGUACAAGAUGCCCGGAGGACCCACCGCAGGAGGACUGGCCUUCCCAUCAUCCAUGCAACCCAUGGCCGGGGCGUACCCCCUUUCCAACCAGUUGGCCGCCACCGCCUGGCCCCACAUGUAUGGCACUGGGGCCAUGCUGGACCCCACCAUGGCUGGAACUGGGCAUGGAGACUACGGAGGCCACUAUGGGGUGCCUCUGAAGCCCCUCUGCCAUGGGGCUGGGGGCAGUGGAGGCGGGGUUGGGGGCCUAGGGGUUGGGGGUCCCACUCUGCCGGCCAUCCCGGUCCCCAUCAAGGCCACGGUGCCCUCCUUGCCUGCCCUGCCAGCCCCAAUCCCGGCCAUCCUCUCCACCUCGGCCCCUUCGCUCAGCCCCACCGCGGCCUCCCAGACGGCGGCCUCCAGCCAAAGCAGCCCCGCCACCCCCAGCGAGACCCUCACCAGCCCCGCUUCAGCCCUCCACGGCCCCGUUGCAGUCCACUGACCUACGGACACAGACAGGGGACCCCCGCCCUGCCCCAUAACAAGGCUCUCCUGGGCCCAUAACCCCUCU